AUGCCCCUACCCCAAGACCACCUGCUGGCCAGAUACUCCCAGACCUUUUCUCUUACUCAUUACCUCUCACCUGGGGAGGGAGCAAUUGAGGCUUUUAGUAACCUCAGAUGUCCCACUCCUCCCCUGGGCGGAGCCGACACUACGCAACCCGGAUUCCCAACACCUCCCCUUCCUCUGACCUUCAGCUUCCACCCCCUCUGCGGAACGGGAGACACAGAAGAUGGAGGGAGGGAUGGCAACGCGGGAGUCUCGUUGCCGCAGGGGCGCAUUGGGGUCCAGCCGUCCCCAGAACGCAGAUCAGAGGUAGUCGGACCUUUCCCGCUGGCGCGCGGCCUCAGCCAGGUGAGAGGCGUGUUUCCAAGACCAGACACUGCCGGUGCCCUAUCACCUCCCACUUUUUUUCUGGAACUACUAGGGGCCCAGCGCUGCUUCUGUAGCCUUCCAGGGGAUGCUGCUGGUGGCGCUUACGCCGCCUAGGUGGGUGGGGAUGUGCUGAGGCCGAAGGAGUGACAGCGACUCACAGGUUU